AUGGAGUUUCCUCCAAUAUUGCCGUCACUGGAUAACGAACUAAGAAAAUAUCUACUUUGUCCUGAAAAUUUGCCCAUUCAUCAAUAUGAAAGAAAUCAAAAGUUUUGGCCCCGCGAACCGAAUAUCAAGGAACUAUUACAUUGGGAGGGAUCGCCUAUAACGACAACGUUACAGGUGCAAAGAGAUCCCAACGAUGGUCGAGUUAUAGAUUUCAAGGAAAUUUCUUUACAAGCGGCCGGGGCCACUGCGAAGAAUUCAAUGUCAUUGAAUAGAGCCCCCGUCGGACCGGCUGAAGCUGUUAGGGGUAGCGCUUCUUUUAGGCCAUUUUGGCCGGGUAGUUUUCCUCUACCUAAAUCAACUUUAGACAAACAAAUUGCCCCUGAAAAAGAGACAUUACUGGUCAUACCGCCAGGUUUUAAUAGAGGUUUGAACUUUGCUCAGGAUGGUGUAACUUUGUGUAAAGAAGGAGAUAAUUUUGUUGAGGAACUUCGGAGCCCUCCUAAUGUCGUCAAUUUGUUAGAAAUCGUUCAAAAAGAGCAGGAUUCUUUAGCUGCUUUUGAAUCAGAAUAUACUACAGCUACCGAAGGAGGGGAAAAAAAUAAUUAUCCACAUCUAUCCGAAGAAAUUGAAAAUGACGUAUUACCAAAAGACAUUCCAAUACUCGAUAUAACAAACACAAUAAACAGAAAUCUUGCCAACACGAGCGAAUGGGCUAUUCUAUUAGACACAUCGAAGCCCGUUAAGAAUUUUAAGGAAAGAAUCCCCGAAAUGGCCAUCGAAUAUCCAUUUGAGUUGGACACGUUUCAAAAACUGGCUAUUUUGCAAUUAGAGCAGCACAAUCACGUGUUUGUAGCGGCACAUACUUCAGCAGGAAAGACUGUUGUCGCUGAAUAUGCCAUAGCGCUCUCUCAGAAGCACAUGACUAAGACGAUCUACACGUCGCCAAUAAAAGCACUGUCCAAUCAAAAGUACAGAGAUUUUAAAGAUAAAUUCCAAGAUGUGGGCCUGAUAACGGGCGAUUUUCAAAUUAAUCAGAAGGCCUCUUGCCUUAUUAUGACUACUGAAAUUCUAAGAUCGAUGCUGUAUUGUGGCAGCGACGUUACCAGGGAUUUAGAAUAUGUUAUAUUCGAUGAAGUUCACUACAUUAACAACAGAGAAAGGGGCCACGUAUGGGAGCAGGUUUUGAUCAUGUUACCGGCUCAAGUGUGCGUCGUGCUCUUGAGCGCUACAGUUCCUAAUACUUUGGAAUUCGCCGAUUGGCUGGGUAGAACUCAUCAAAGAAAAGUUUAUGUCAUUACUACUUCUCAACGGCCCGUGCCGUUACAACAUUAUUUGUACACCGGAAGAGGAGGAAGCACCAGGGACAACAGGUUUUUGAUUCUAAACGCUCAAAAUUGGAUUUCGUAUGGAUAUAAUAAAGCAAAGGAAUCAAUCAAACCCGAUGCUCAGAAAACCAUGAAUCAAAGAAUGACGCCCGCCCAAGAGAAAACCCUCUGGUCAGGCCUAAUAAGUCAUUUGAAAAAGAACGAUCUGUUACCGGUGGUGGCGUUUACGUUUUCCAGACAAAAGUGCGACAAUAACGCGACUAAUUUGACCAAUAUAGAUUUGACGAACCAAAAGGAGAAAUCUUACAUAACGCUCUCCUUCAACAAAUGGAUCAGAUGCCUAAAGGAACCGGAUCAGAACAUUCCACAAAUCGUAAAGAUGAAGGACAUUUUAGUGAGGGGCAUAGGAGUCCAUCACAGCGGAAUGUUGCCUAUUAUCAAAGAGAUUGUCGAAAUGCUCUUUCAACAAGGAUACAUAAAGUUACUUUUUGCCACCGAAACCUUCGCUAUGGGCGUGAACAUGCCGGCUCGUACGGUGGUAUUCGAUGCGAUAAGGAAACACGACGGCAAGGAAUUGAGAGAUUUGGAAUCGGCCGAAUAUAUACAAAUGGCUGGUCGGGCGGGCCGACGAGGCCUCGACAAAGAAGGCACGGUCAUCAUAUUGUGCAAACAAUCCGUACCUUUGGAAGAAAAUCUCAAAAAGACGAUGUUGGGUAAACCGAGCAUGUUGGUUAGCCAAUUCAGGCUUACUUAUGGAAUGGUGUUGAGUUUGUUGAGAGUGGAAAGUUUAACGGUCGAAGGGAUGAUGUCUAGGAGUUUUCGAGAGGCAGAUCACCAAAAAAGUUUAGUCGAUAUACGAAAGAAACUAGAAGUAGUCGAAAAGCAAGUAUGCGAACUAUCUAGACAACAAAUCAGCAGUUAUCUUCUACCUUUGAUUAAAUUUUACGAGACCUCCAGUAGUUACCUAAAUAUUAGAAAAGAUAAUAUGAAUACAAUUUUAUCACACCCAAAGGUUCAGAAGGUUUUAACACCAGGCAGGUUAUUGAUAAUAACCCAUAAAUACCACAUAAACAAGCUGGCAUUGUUGUUGAAACCGGUAACAGGGAAAAUUAUUUCAUACAAAGUGUUAGUACUAAAUGAUAAUUCCAAUGAAAAAGUUUCCAAUGUAAAAGAAAGUUUGUGGUAUUACAUGUUAUCGCUAACGGAAGAAAAAUUGUAUUGCCCCAAUGGACCGGCCGGGCAUGAAAUUUUAACUGUCAGGGCUGAAGAUAUUUUCGAUAUAUCUGGUAAAAAUAUCAAAAUAAAUACUGAUUUUGUUAUACAAGAUGUGGAGAAGCGGCAACUAGAAAGGUUCAAAUACGAUACGCCUAGUCAAACUUGCCUUGAAGCCAUACAGGAAUUGCAUAAAUUAACUAUAUUAGUUAAUAAUGAUUCCAACUCAUUAAAUCGUUUACAUUACAUCAAUGACUUGAAAGUAAACGAUCAAAAUUUAUACACGAUGCUUACGAAAAUGUACGAUUUAAAAGACAAACUGAUCGAUCACUUGCCCAACACGAAAAUACCGAAUUUCGAACAGCAAUUCCUUACAGUAUUCGACAGGAAGUUUCUCGAAGAUAGAAAAAAAGAUUUGGAGUAUCAAUUGUCGAACGCCAGCCUAUCUUUGUAUCCCGAUUACGAAAAUAGGAUAGAAUUGUUAAGGAAAUUAAAUUACGUCGAUGAUCAGAAUAAAAUUCAAUUAAAGGGUUACGUAGCCUGUGAAAUUGGUAUGAAUGAAUUGCUCAUCACCGAGUUAAUAUUGAGGAAUAUUUUAUCGAAAUUGAGAGCGCCGGAAGUGGCCGCGCUGCUCUCGGCUCUAGUGUUUAGAGUACGCAUGCAAAACUAUACGUUUGACGAUGAGGGAUUGACUCCUGAUUUGAAAAAGGCGAUCAAAGAGAUACAACAAGUUCACGAGGAAAUCGCCGCGCAGGAAUUGAUUUUGGGAAUCCAAACGGACGAGUUUCAAGAAGAUUUGAAUUUCGGUUUGGUGCAUGUCGUAUACGAAUGGGCCACUAAUCAGCCGUUUGCCGACAUAAUGAAACUAACAGAUGUUCAAGAAGGGAUUAUCGUAAGAUGUAUUCAGCAACUAAAUGAAACCAUAAUAGACGUCAGGGAUGCCGCUCGAAUCGUCGGUGAUCCCGAGCUGAAGAACAAAAUGGAAGAGGCCUCUGCAGCAAUUAAGAGAGAUAUUGUUUUCGCCGCUAGUUUGUAUACAAUCGGUGAUGCAGUUCUAUAA